AUGCGCAUCUCGUUGUCGCUCGCCCUCGGGCUGCUGGGCGCUGCCCAGGCCGGCCAGGUCGCGGUUCGCCAGAACCCGUCUGGCACCGGCGGCGGUGCUGGCACGACGCCGACUCCCACGCCCACGACGCCGAGCAGUUCGCCCUCGCCUACUACGCCAUCCUCGACGCCGCCUACGACCGCAGGCGACACGACCGUCACCGUCACUCGCACCGUGACGGGCUCGGGCGGCGGCGACGUGACCCAGGCCACCACCCUCACCACCACAGUCACCACCACAGUCCUCAUCACGUCGACUGUGUUUUCGACCACGACCGUCACCAGCAGCAAUGCCGACACCGCUACCAAGACCGUCUACGAGACGUCGACGCAGUGGGUGAACCCGCGCAAGCGACACGUCGAUCUUGAUCUCGCCCCCCGCACCGCGCCCGCGGUCAAUGUUGACGUCGCACCGACGGCCGCCCCGUCUCCCGUGGCCGUCCAGCGCGGCGCGCCUGGCCUGCAGAAGCACCACCAGAAGCACCAGCUCCUGAAACGCGCCACCAUCACCGACACCGUCACCGUCACCGAGGGCGGCAGCGGCGGCUCGACCGUCGUCAACAGCGUCACCAAGACGAUCCGAUCCACCAAGAGCGACGUCACCACGAGUACCUCGAUCGUCACUGAGACGGAGCAGGCCAAUGCCAAGACCACCAUCACCGUCACCAGUACUCUGGUCGUUACCUCGACCAGCAUGUCGUCCGGGUCCGUUGAGACGGAGACGUCGACCGCCACGGGCGGCGCCAGCAACGGCGGCGACAGCAGCGGUCUUUCGACGGGCGCCAAGGCCGGCAUUGGUGUCGGCGCUGGCAUCGCAGGCCUGGCCAUUAUCGGCGCCAUCAUCUUCUUCUGCCUCCGCCGCCGUCGCAGCCCGAAGCCCGACCACGACGACUUCAUGGGCGCCUCCGAGGUGCCUGUCGGCCCGUCUCACGGCGGCAGCUCCCGCACCCCGAUGUCUGAAUCGACGGCUGUCGGCUCGGGCGUCGGUGCCGCCGGCUACCUGGCCCCGGGCCGCAACUCGGUGAAGCACAACACUUCGCCCGAGGGCUAUCGCGGCACGGCCAUGGGAGACGGGCGCGCCGGCUACGCCAAGCCCCAGCCUUACGGCGCGGCGUACGCGCAGACGAGCCCCAACGCCACCAUGACAUCCCGGAACAGCCAGCACCUGGGAGACGCGCUCCCUCGGCACCCCACUCCCGGCGACUCAGUCAGCCCCGUGUCGCCAAACACUGCCGAGCUGGGCAGCGACACCAACGCCGCGGCGGCGAGGUGGAACAACCCGGCGGCCUCGGAGAUUGACAGCCAUCAGGUCACGCAUCCCCAGAGCGGACCGGUGUACGAGAUGCCCGGCCAGCCCUACCGGUAG